AUGAGGACAGGCGUACCCGUGCAACAAAUGGCACCACAGCCGAUACUUCCAGCGGAUCAGGAUGUAAUCAUUCGCACUUUGAACGAUGUUAAUCAAGGUGACGAAAGUAAACUGAAAGCAGUGCAGGACGCCUGGAAUAUGUUCGAAGUAUUUAAUACGACUCCCACAUUUGACCAGUUUUUGGACAGCUUAAUGCGAGCUUUUAUGAAAUUAUUCAGUGAGACUGUACCUCAGUUCAUUCAAGAGAACAACACUCAAUUCGCGAGGAACUCUACUUUUUUCCUUUUCUUCAAGCGAAUCUCCCGUACUUUCGGACUGCCAACUGCUUUCCUUAAAGAGCAGGAAAUGGUCUUGAAGUGUUAA